UGCAAAUACGGUGUUCUCAGUCUACAAAUGCUAAAUUUAAUUUAAUAAAUUUGAUCAAAGCUAUUUUGCCUUCUGUAAUUUGAGUAGUGAAAAUUGGGAAAGUAGAACAACGUCCUUAAAGCUUUUGUCUAUUUUUUUAAGUCGUUCCACAGUGGAACAAUGUUCACAGUACAUCACUCCAGAUAUGUGUAACUGAACAAUAAGCAGACAACAUGGAAAAGGAAAAAUGUCAUCACAUCAUUGGCGUCUGAUCGUUAUCAAUACAUUAUCCUAAAUGCAGUGAUCUUUGUCGACCAGCAGCUCGUACAUGUGUGCGAGGUUCGUAUCGUACCCAAUGCACCUGUUCUCCUGAGCUGUAACUCAAAGAGAUCUCAACUUUGCAACAGACGGAGGAUUAAAUGAGUCUUGUCCCGGGACGAUGGAGCGCAGCCAGGGGUCACAGGGGGCACAGCACGAUGCCAUCGCCUGGUUCACAGAGUCCCAGCACCGGCUUGUGAUCAGGAACGGCGUCGUCCCAGAAUGGUUUCAUGGCAUCGUUUCCAGGAAGGAGGCAGAGGAACGGCUGAUGUCCAAGCCUCCUGGCUACUUCCUCAUCCGCCUCGGUGAGAGCCGGGUCGGCUACUCUCUCUCUUACCGUGCCGAGGACCGCUGCCGGCACUUCAUGAUCGACACCUCGGAGGACGGCCAGUACAACAUCGUAGGGGACAGCAGGCAUCACCGUUGCCUGCAGGACCUGGUGGACUUUCACAGACGGACUCCCAUCAGGCCUUUCAGUGAGUUGCUGACUGUCCCCAUUGAACAGGUGAGUAGUGGACACAGGUGUCACGAGUUUGUGGACGUCAUUGAGUGUAACCCAUCCAGACCACCACUAUAUCUGCUUAUUGGCCGGCCAGCUCUGUCUCGUCUUUCUCUCUUUCUGUCUCUGAUCUCACUGAAGAUGACGGAAAACAAGUCCGACUACGCGGAGUUGGUGUUUCCCCAAAGAAGUCAAAACGGCGACAUGAAUUGUUUGCCAACCAACUCGCUGCAUUCGAGCUUAUGUCACCCGUCAUCCCAAGAAGAAGUCCCACCUGCCCUUUCUUCUGGAACAAAUGGCUCUAGAGUCUGGCUUCCGGGUCGGCUUUACCCUAAUCUGGAAGAAGAGAUCCCACGAGCCGCGCUCCCUCUUCCAGCCCAGCCUGUGACCGGAAGGAGAUGCACGUCCGGCGACCCUCCGCCUGCGCAGCCUCCUCGGGUCCCCGCUCGGGCCUCCCUGCCUUUACCGAAACGAGACAUUGCGGCCGCUCAGAACCCCCUCGGCGGCGGCGUCCCGUUCGCAAAGAACCAGGAGGCGAAGGCCUCGGUCGCCUCCAACCUGAAGAACCUCAAGAAGAGGCUCUUGAAGAAGAAAAGCCUGUCGCAGGACUACGCCAAGGAGACUGAGAGGGGUGGAACAGCUGGGAACGAGUACCAGUCUAUCACGGAGCUGCGGACCUCCGAUUCCCAAACGUCACAGAGCUGCACCAAUGUGGAACUGACUAAAGGAGAGUUACCUUACGAAUACCUUCCACCUCCACCUUUUGCUCCAGGCUUUUGAUGCACCACUGCCACCCUACAAAUAUAAUGUACAGAUGGAUCAAACACUAAAGUGCGGGCAGGACAAAAGCAUGAUGCGAAAUAAAAGCAGGAGCUUGAAUCGGUCCUCCCAAAAGGAUAAGGUUUCGAAAAGGAUCUUAAAGGUUUGACUGCUGUCUUUGUGUGACUGUAAUUAGACUGUGGAAUGCUUUAUCUUUAGUUUAUUUUAGACAACAGAUGAACAUUGUUGCAAAAGGAGAAGUAGGGCAAAGCUGAAAUGUUCUUAUCUGUCUCAUUGUGAUGUAAUAGAUGGACAGGUAUCUGUCGGAAACGUGAUGCAGGGCAUGCAAAUCAGAAAUGUCAGUCACUUUGAAUACAGGAGACUAAUAUUAGUACUGUAAAACAUCUAGAACAUUUGCUCUUUAUAAUUUAUACAACUUGAUUAUUGUUACGAAGCCUCUCAUUUACUUAAAUAGCUGAGCUAUUAAAUAACUUUUGAACCGUCUUGUAUGAGCUUAUGAGCUUCUUCCUUCUGUACUUCCCUUCUCACUAUUGUCAUCGCAUGUCAUGUCUUCAUGUGCCGGUCCAUUUCUAUCCCGUGCGUGCGUGCGUGCGUGCGUGCGUGCGUGCGUGCGUGUGUGUGUGUGUCAUUUUACUGUGGAUGUUCUCGUAAUGUAACAAAGUAGUACUUUAAGGAUGCUAUGACUUUCUUGUUGCCUUCAAUAAUUGGAUUGAUUAUUGAGUCAUUUUUCAGUUUGAUAUGUUUAACAAUAGAAGAGGUUGUCAUACAAAACCAGUAGAAACAACUUGUGUCAUUAUAGACUUUCAACAAGUGGGAAAUGGACAUGAUUUUACAAUGUAAAGGUUUUCCAUUCCCACUCCGGUCCUAAAUGUUUCAUAGUAUAAACGUUUGUUUUGUUUUUAAAAUGAGUAUAUAUAAGAGUACAAUAUAAGAAACUGUGGAUGGUGAGGGAAAUGGUAUGUAAUGAAUAUGAAGGCUGUGGUGGCGCCACUGAAGGGAAACACUUGAAGAUUGUGAGUUAAUGAAAACGUUGUUGGUUAAUGUUAAAAUAAAGCAAAGUAAAAAUCCAUA